GGAGACCCCUCACCUGGAAACAUGUACGUCAGCUACCUGCAGCUGGACAAGGACCCCGCCAUGUACCAGACCCCGGUGUCCCGCCACCCGGGCCUCAGCCUCAGCCCGCAGAACUUCCCCGCCCCGCCGCAGUACUCGGACUUCGCCGGCUACCACCACCACCACCACGGCCUCGGCAACGACCCGCACCCGGGCCAGCAGGCCGGGCCGGGCGGCGGCGGCUGGAGCCCGGCCUACCCGCCUCCUCCUCCGCCCUCUCGGGACGACUGGUCGUCGCAUCACUACGCGGCCGCGGCGGCGGCGGCGGCGGUCGGGGGACCUCCGGCCACCACCGUCCCCGGAGCCGUGGGUCCCUCUCUGGGCUUCAGCCCCCCGGAGUUCCCUGGACAGCCGCCCGCACUGCUGCCCGCCUCCCUGAACGCGUCCGGCGGGCAGCUGUCCCCCGGAUCCCCGCGGAGGAGGAACCCGUACGACUGGAUCCGAACCUCUGCUCCGACCAACAACCCAAAUGGAAAGACGCGAACUAAAGACAAGUACCGGGUGGUAUACACCGACCACCAGCGGCUGGAACUGGAGAAGGAGUUCCACUACAGUAAAUAUAUCACCAUCCGGAGGAAGGCGGAGCUCGCCUCGGCCCUCAGCCUAUCAGAGAGACAGGUGAAGAUCUGGUUCCAGAACCGCCGGGCGAAGGAGCGAAAGAUCAACAAGAAGAAGCUCCAGCAGCCGGCCUCCUCCACCACCACGCCCACACCUCCCACCGGCGGCGGCGGAGGCAGCGGUCUCCAUGGAAACGGCGGCAGCAGCGUCGCCAUGGUGACGAGCAGCAGCGGCGGCAGCAGCAACGGUCUGGUGUCUCCGUCUCUGGCUCUGAACAUCAAAGAGGAGUACUGA